AUGGCGGUGGCGACGAGCCUCGCUUCGCUUCUGGAGCAGCUCAAAGUGGAGGAGCCAUACCUUCCGCCGCGAAAUUGGGAAUCCUUACAUUCUCAGAGCGGCCGAUUUCCUCUUCCGACUCGUGCUUCUGCUUCUCCUUCCUCUGUUACUGAAUCAAGCUUGGUUAGGCUGGCCUUGAAUGCUCUGCAAGGUGUUGAGUCUUCUCUUCUCAGCAUUGAGAAAAUCUCUUCUGCAUUAUGCUCUGAGCCAGCUGACAGGACCCUCCACAAAAUUCCGAGCUUGUGGCAUCGGUUGUCAAGCACUGAUGCGUUGGGCCAGAUUCUUAGAACCAUAGGCUGCUUUGGUUCUUUGGUCUUUCUUCUCCAUAAGUUCGUAGACCAUUUCACCAGCUUGAAGUUGGAUGCUGUUGAGGGACAUGAGAGCUGUGAAAUAGGUGAAAAUGAAGAUAUUUCUUCUGGUAGAGCCAAAAACAACAACUCCUAUACUCUUGUUAAUCAGGCUUUUGCUAUUGCUGUGAGAAAGGUCCUAGAAGGCUAUAUAUCUGGACUGGAUACAUUAUGUGCAUCUAUAGAACUGAGGCGUUCAUCUAACAUUGUGGAUGGGCCUGACAAUUGUUCCUCUUGGUUAGGCUGCCUUACAAACGUAGUUCAUCCAAAGAUUACACUAUUGGAAGUUUUCCUGCAUACUAGAGAGUUAAGAACACAGAUUGAAGCUCUUGCCAACAUAUGUGAUUUGUAUGAUAUAUCACUAUCUUAUUGUGGCUCUCCUUGGGAAUCUCUGAUUACUAAAGCAACCGCGCGAUAUCAUGGUUUCUACAGAGGAAGCGACCUGCUUACUUACUUAUAUUCACAACUACAGGUUGCUGAUCCUGCUCACAGUGCCGUGCUUAAGUUUUUGUUCCUCAAAACAUGUGAGCCAUAUUGUGAGUUUAUAAGAUCUUGGAUAUUUAAAGCCGAGCUUAAUGAUCCUCAUAAGGAGUUCAUUGUGGAAUGUGUCAGUGAAUCGACAUCUUUUUUUUGGAGUAAGCCAGGCAUCUCCCCAUUGAAGAGGGUUACGGAACGAGAGGGAGUGCUUGUUCCAUGUUUCUUGAACGGCUUCUUGGUACCUAUUCUAAGGGCUGGUCAACAGCUCCAAGUAAUUACAAAACUUCUUGAAUUGUGUAAUCUUCCUGCAUCUGGGCACAAAAAUUACACAGAUCUUCUUCCCUGUUGGACGUAUUAUUCUACCAGUCCAGGGUACCCAUCUCCAAUAACUUUCAGCAAAUUACAUAUAGAAGUGAUGAUAAAGGAAAGAGACGAUUACUAUGGCAGAAUGCAAAAAACACUUGGUGACUUUUCAAAAAAGUUUGAACUAUUCCCUGGCCAGGUUCCUGGAGCAAUAUCUGUACCAAUAUCUUAUGGCGACGGAGAAAAAAUUAAGAAAAGUUUGGAUAAUUUCACACUGGAUGAGAGUUUACUAAUUCCUUCAACAGUGGCAAUGGACUUGACCAGGGACCAGAGUGGUUCGGAUUCUGAUGACCAGAAAUCAGAAGACAGAUGGUUUUCAGAGGUAGAUGCGUCAUGCUCAUCUGAAUAUUCAUCGACUAGGGACUCUUUGGAUGCAUUGGAUGUUGGACUCCUGGAUUCACAAAGUACAUUAGUGGGACCUUCACAAAAUUAUUUAUCAGCUCUAUGUUUCUCUGUUGCCUCUGAUGGCAAUUGUAAUCAGAAUCUGGUUCAGCAUAGUGAAUCCGGUUAUAUAGACAAUAACUUUGUGAGGAAAGGUGAGAAGGCAGAUACUCAUUGCCAGUGGAUGGAUACUGAGCCAGAAGAGUCAACUGAAGUAUGUGAGGAUGAUAAAUUUAGGGGACCCCUUUCUAUUAAGUCAUGGCCCCUUGGUGGAUUACCUAGAAAUCCAUUUUGUGCUGAUAAGAAGUACGCUCAAGAUGACAGAGAAUAUCCACGAAUUGAUUCAGGAGCUAGGAUAAAGCAGAGGAACGUAAUGAAUACUGAUGAAAGCACACUAUUUUCAACCGACAAUCCCACUGGUGAUAGUUGUUUGAAGCACGAGAGAAAACAAGAGUUGCUGGAAUACUGUUCCUCAUCAAAAUUAUAUUUGUUGAAAGACGCAAAGGUGAACUAUCCUUACGAGGUGCUCAGUAUGAAUCCUGUGCUAAGAUGUGAUUUCUUGCGCAAGCAUGGAAACACAAAUGGGAGGGACCAGGGAAAAUCAUUGCCUUGGUUUGAUUUUUCUGCAGUGGAUGACCCUUCCAAAACAUGUCUUGCGAGGAUACCUGUAGGUUUCCCUAUUGAUUUACACCUGGAAUCUCAUAGUUCUCAGACUGAUAGAAAGAGUCAUCGCCAUGCCAACCAAGAAUGUGGCCUAGACAGGUUUAAUGUUGAAGAUCCUAAAGUUUCUUGCAGUUAUUUAUCUUCGGGUUUAAAAAGUUGCACUGAAGAAAAAAAAACAGAUGCAUUUGGUGGAAGUAGAUGGGAGGGUAUGCUUCUCAGGUCAAAUAACCCUGAAAUUUGUGCAUCUCGUGAUUGCAUACAGAACUCUGGUACAUUUGAAUUGCCUCUUGAUUUUGUUAUAGACAAGUGUCUACUGCAGGAAAUACGUCUUCAAUAUAACUAUGUCAGUAAGCUAGCGAUCAAGUUGCUCGAAGAAGGAUUUGGCUUGCAAGAACAUCUGCUAGCUCUACGCAGAUAUCAUUUUAUGGAGCUAGCUGACUGGGCAGAUGUAUUUGUAGUGUCCCUCUGGCAUCAUAAGUGGCUUGUUACAGAGGCAGAUAAGAGAAUUGCAGGAAUCCAAGGGUUUCUUGAAUCAUCAAUUCAGAGAUCAUCAUGCGAACGAGACACUUGUAAGGACAGGUUAUUUGUGUACAAAAGACAAGGCACAAUGCAUCUCCCACCAUCAACCAUUGGAGUGCGUUCCUUUGAUUUCCUAGGGUUGGGUUAUCGAGUUGACUGGCCAAUCAGUAUAAUUUUGACAUGUGAUGCGUUGAAAGCAUAUGCUGAUGUAUUUAGUUUUCUGGUUCAAGUGAAACUAGCAGCCUAUGCAUUAACUGAUGUCUGGUGUUCGCUGAAGGAUGUAAGACAUAAGAUGCAUGAGAACAAAGAGGAGAUUGCGAAGCGAGAACUCCGAUGGUUAAACAUAUUGAUGAAACUAAGGCAUCAGGUCAACCAUUUUGUAUCAGCAUUACAGCAAUAUGUACAUUCGGAAUUGUCUCAUGUAUCAUGGUCCAAGUUCCUUUAUUCCCUGAAGCAUAAGGUCAAGGAUAUGAUGGAUCUAGAGUCUGUGCAUAUGGCUUAUCUUAGCGAAGCUCUGCGCAUAUGUUUCCUAUCUGAAGAAACCCGAGUCAUAUCUAACAUGAUAGAGAACAUUCUGCAAUGCGCACUGGACUUCCGGUCUUGUCUUCCCCAGAGUACAGGUGGAGUUCCAAACGAUUCAUGGAAAAAAGCGCUAGGCAUAAACACGUCUCAGGUGAUGAUGGUGAAGAAGAAGUUUGACAAAGAGUUGAAGGAGCUGCAUUUGUGUCACCUGAGAUCACCAAAACAUGGGAGGUGUGGGCUCUCACGCUUCUGGGACUGCCUCAAUUUCAACCUUUACUAUUCAGAUAUCCUUCAUGACUUAUUCCUUAGAACCAAUAUCUGA